GGCGCCGCGCGUGAUCGCAAUCAACAUCACUGAUUGUAGGACUGGUUCGUCGUGCAAGAACAUGUCUGGCCGUGACUGCAGUGAAGGCCCCGCUUUUCUGGGGCUGUCUCUGACCUCGCGCCGAACACCACGCAGCAAUCUCUUCUUACUCUCGCGCCGGCGUUUGCCAUUGCAAGCCCGAUGGUAAGUACCACGUGCACAGCAGUCAAGCCCUUUCACCUGUUCGCCCCAAUGCGUUCGAAGCUGCCCGUGCACUAUUGAGUGCAAGGAAAAUCGGGCACGAGUAAGAGCAGCAGGAAAAGGAUUGCUUGACAGGCUCACGUGAGGCAAGUAAGAUUGGCACGCCCGAAUCGGGCACGAACAACUAACUAUUCACACAGGUCAUUACAGCCGACCUACGCAUAGCGGUACUGUUCACUCGCUUCAGCGCCAUUUCGGCUUCGCUUUCACACUUGUGUCAGCCAUGUGGCCAGAUUGAAGACGUCGGCAUUUGAAAUCGAAAGUCAGAACUGCAAUCACUUCGAUGCAACUUACGUCUGCUGAGAGUUGGUCCACAAUGGCGCCGUCUGCCGCUGGACCAUCUUUGAACCAAGGAUGGUCCCGGUGGUUGAGACAUCCCCUUAAACGGCCCACCUCCAUUCCAUAUUGCCCCCGUGAACACAUGUGAUCAGCGGGCCGACAGCUUGCUGGACUAUUUUGGGGCCUCCGACCAUACCUAGUUGAAGGUCACCAGUCGGAGCCCUGGAACAGUGAUACUCAGGCAGGCCAGGAUCACAAGCCGUCCAGAAAAAGACGGUAGAAACAUGAAGUGAGGAGACGGAUGGAGUAGAUGGUGCUUCGGUACGCGCAGGUAACCCGCGGACACAUAGGGCAGGCAGCCAUCGACUCUUGGAGUCGACGGGGGGACAAGACCCUGUGAGCCCCAGCAUCUUUUCUUUCAAGCGAGCGGCCUGCACCUCUGGGACUCAGCGGGCCCAGUACCUGUGAUUGAAGAAGGAACGACGCCAUAAACAUAAAUGGCGUUUUCUUCUCCUUCGAAGUGAGCGUGCCACACCGAGGGCCGUGCCCCCCGCCUCUCAUCGCAGAGCAAAAGACUGGCGAAUAUGGCCCAAGCAGUGCGCCGCUGCGUCUACUGCGCAGGGCGUGGCCGUCUCUCGUCACACACCGAGGGCGCUGUAGGAGAGAUAUGGAGCUUUGGGCUGUGCGGUGUGCCGAUCUGGGCGUUGGGCAGGAGGGGGGAGGAGGGAGCGAGUUGGGGCGUGAGGAGAUGCAGCAGCAGACGCGCGGCGCCGCGGAUUCAAACACGGAGGGCCCAACUCCGCUGGAGAGCGGGGCGCAGCCCGGACAGUACGCUGGCCGGGCAGCGACGCCGAGCGUGGCCACAUCGACGCCGUGGCCGUCCCAUGGCCUGGCCGUCCUUCGGCUCCCCCUCAAGCUCUACUCUCAAGGGCCGCAAGUAUGGAAAACCACUGGCCCGUUGAUAGGGGAACCAACAGGUACCGAUGCCGCUGCUCCCUGGACCUCCCGCUGGGUGCGCCCUGUCCAGAAUCGCGAAGCGGAUCCGGCCGAGGCGACGAGGGCCUCCCAGGAGGGCCACCGAGGCGAACGCGAGGCAAGGGCAAAGGCAUCGGUGCCUUUCCAGACAUCCAGCUGCUCCAAAUUUUUGCGAUGCGUGGGGCCCGGAGGUCCAGACCACUUCCCCAGGGCCGGCUUUUCCUCCUGACUCGUUUCUUGACGCUCCCGAGGCC